CCCCGGCCACGCCCCCUCGCGGACGCUGUUGGUACGCGCCGCGCUCCCCUGCUCGCCGCAGUGGUUCGGCCGCGGCGACCCCUCUUCGGAGGCGCGUCCCCUGCGCUUGGUACAGCCCGGCCCGUCUCCCCCGGAGCCGCGCGCCCGCGCCCCUCAGUCGGCGCAGCCUGCAGCCCCCCGUGCGGCCGGUGGCAGCCCCCCAGCCCGCUCGGCUCGCGCCCGCCAUGGUCCGUCCGCGCCGCGCCCCGCACCGCUCCGGCGCUGGGGGCCCCCUCGGGGGUCGAGGCCGCCCCCUGCGGCCCUUCACGGCGCGCGCCGCCCGCUCGCGCUCCUGGCCGGCCAGCCCUCGGGGCCCGCAGCCGCCGCGGAUCCGGGCUCGCUCGGCCCCUCCCAUGCAAGGUGCUCGGGUCUUUGGGGCCUUGGGCCCCAUCGGACCCUCCUCGCCCGGACUCGCCCUCGGGGGCCUGGCCGUCGGUGAGCACCGGCUCAGCAACAAGCUGCUGGCCUGGAGUGGCGUCCUGGAGUGGCAGGAGAAGCGCAGACCCUACUCGGACUCCACCGCGAAGCUGAAGCGGGCCCUUCCCUGCCAGGCCUACGUGAACCAGGGGGAGAACCUGGAGACUGACCAGUGGCCGCAGAAGCUGAUCAUGCAACUGAUCCCACAGCAGCUGCUGACCACCCUGGGCCCCCUGUUCCGCAACUCCCAGCUGGCGCAGUUCCACUUCACCAACAGAGACUGUGACUCCCUCAAGGGGCUCUGCCGGGUCAUGGGCAACGGCUUCGCGGGCUGCAUGCUCUUCCCGCACAUCUCCCCGUGCGAGGUGCGCGUGCUCAUGCUGCUGUACUCGUCCAAGAAGAAGAUCUUCAUGGGCCUCAUCCCCUACGACCAGAGCGGCUUCGUCAACGCCAUCCGGCAGGUCAUCACCACCCGGAAACAGGCAGUGGGACCUGGCGGCGUGGCGGGCCCCGUCCAGAUCGUCAACAACAAGUUCCUGGCGUGGAGCGGAGUCAUGGAGUGGCAGGAGCCCAGGCCUGAGCCCCACAGCCGGUCUAAGCGGUGGCUGCCCUCGCACAUCUACGUGAACCAAGGGGAGAUCCUGAGGACCGAGCAGUGGCCACGGAAACUGUACAUGCAGCUCAUCCCGCAGCAGCUCCUGACCACGCUGGUGCCGCUUUUCCGGAACUCCCGCCUGGUGCAGUUCCACUUCACCAAGGACCUGGAGACGCUGAAGAGCCUGUGCCGGAUCAUGGACAAUGGCUUUGCUGGCUGCGUGCACUUCUCCUACAAGGCCUCCUGUGAGGUGCGAGUGCUCAUGCUCCUGUACUCCUCGGAGAAGAAGAUCUUCAUCGGCCUCAUCCCUCAUGACCAGAGCAACUUCGUCAAUGGCAUCCGGCGCGUCAUCGCCAACCAGCAGCAGGUGCUCCAGCGGAACCUGGAGCAGGAGCAGCAGCAGCGAGGGAUGGGGGGGUAGUGGGCCCCCCCGGGGCCGGGCCUCUCCAGGAGUCACAGAUGAGGCCCCUGCAAAGACUGGUCAGAUGCUUCUGAGCAGGGGCCUCUGGGGACUGCGCCCGCCCAGCGAGAUGGAGGACCACGUCCUGAGAUGUCUCCGAGGACAGCCCCCACCCUGUACGUUUCCCCAAUAAAGUCUUUUAAAAGUUC